AACUUAAUAAUACUAUUCUCUUUAGCUCCACAAAGUCCCCUCUUAUCAACUUGUCAAAUUGUGUACCAAAUACAGUACCAUGGCAGUUUCCAAGCUUUUUUUGGCAUUGGUUUUGCCUUUCAUGGUGCUAAUUUCCCUAGAAGAAGCAAAUGGUGCUGUAAGUGGAAAAACUAGAAAAUUGAUUGAUAUGGCUAAUAGAAAAGGCCCUUACUUGGGAUUGGUCAUUCCUAAUCUAUUUGAGAUGAACCCACUUCUUAAACACCCUAGUUACAAACCUAGUAACCUUACCAUUGAUUAUGCAGGGAGGAGAUUUCAGUUUGGAUACAUUGAUAAACAGCCCGUCGUUUUGGUUAUGACCGGACUUGCCAUGCUAAAUGCAGGAAUAACAACACAGCUGUUGUUAGCUCUGUUCAAGGUUAAAGGAGUGGUGCACUAUGGAAUUGCAGGAAAUGCAAACCCAUCUCUCCAUAUUGGAGAUGUUGCAAUUCCUCAAUACUGGGCACAUACUGCUCUUUGGAAUUGGCAGAGAUAUGGAGAUGGCCCUGAGAAUGAACUACCCCUUGAGGUGAAUGGAGAUUACACUCGAGAUAUUGGAUACUUGAAGUUUUCCAAAUACGCAGUGAAUGUGACAAAUUGCAACUCAAAUAAUAAUCUUCUUAACAAUGUAUGGUAUCAACCUGAAGAAGUAUUUCCUGUUUUUGGCACUCCCGAGGAAAGACAGCAUAUCUUUUGGGUCCCUGUUGACUCUCAUUACUAUGCAAUUGCCAAGAACCUCGAGGGUUUGAAACUAGAAAAGUGUUUAAACGCAACAACAUGCUUGAGCCAUACACCAAAGGUAACAAGAGUACACAGAGGAACAAGUGCAAGCAUAUACUUAGACAAUGCAGCAUAUAGGAGCUUCAUCUACAACAAGUUCGAUGUCAGCCCUGUUGAAAUGGAAAGUGCAGCUGUGGCUCUCAUUUGUUACCAGCAGAACGUACCUUACAUCGUAAUCCGUGCCCUUUCUGACAUGGCGGGAGGCGGCUCCGCCGAGUCGAAUGAGGCUGCUACCUUCAUCACCCUUGCUGCCACUAACUCCGUUGAAGUUACCGUGCAAUUCAUAAAGCAGUUGUCUGUGAAGAAAUAUCAAGAUGCCUGAUUUUAUGUAUUUUAAUUUGAUGGAAGUUUCUUGAGUGAACUUUAAUUUGAUGUGUACUAGUACGUAAAUUUCCCUAACAAUGGAAUUUGCGUGAAAAUAAGCAAAGUCGCGAAGGAAUUUGUAUGA